AUGGGUGGACAUCACAACGUACGUGGGACGCCAACUGAUUUUAAGAACUGGAGCCAGUCGGUUAGGCUUUAUAUUGGUGACCGUGAUGCGCAACUUGUUAUAGAUCGUUUGAAAGAAAGAUCGGAGAGCUUACCAGACUUUUACUAUGAGUUUGUGGUUGAGAAAGGGCAAUUGAGGUCGAUUUUUUGGGCAGAUGAAAUUUCCAAGAUAAACUAUGAGGUGUUUGGUGAUGUGUUAGCUUUUGAUGCGACUUAUCACACUAACAAGUACAACAUGAUUUUUGUUCCUUUCACUGGUGUUGAUAAUCAUAAACAAUGUGUGACAUUUGGUGCUGGCUUGCUAUUCAAUGAAACCACCGAGUCUUACAAGUGGUUACUUGAAUCAUUUCUGAAGGCACACAAGAAGCAACCAAAGUUAGUUCUGAUGGACCAGGACCCUUCAAUGAAAGCUGCCAUUUCAGAGGUUUUCACAGACGCUCGGCACCGCCUUUGCAUGUGGCAUAUUAUGAAAAAACUUCCAACCAAGAUUCAUGGAGACCUAUUACAAAACUCUGAGUUAAGGGCAUUGAUGCAUCGUUUGGUGUGGAGUAUUCACAUGAAGCCAUCUACAUUUGAGACGCGUUGGCAACUUUUGAUGGAGGAAUAUGGGUUACAAGAUCACGACUGGUUGAAUGAUAUGUACUCAAUUAGGGACCAAUGGGUACCUUCCUACUUCCGUGAUAUCCCAAUGUGUUGUCUGAUGAAGACCACAUCAAGAUGUGAAAGCUCUAACUCAAGCUUCAAGGUCAACUCUACUAGUGCUAACACACUAGUUCAGUUCAUGCUAUGUUAUGAAACUAGGAUAGACAAUCAGCGUUACAGGCAACGUGUUGCAGAGUUUAAAACCUCAUCUAGUGUAUUCAUGGACAGUACUGAUUUAGCUAUCGAGAAGCACGCUUUUGAGCUGUACACACAUGCAAUUUUCACAGAGGUAAGAAAAGAGAUAUACAAGGGGAAGUUGUUUUGUUACAUUCUAAACACGAAGGAUUGUGAUGAUGUUCGUGUUUACUAUGUGAAUCAGUUGGACAAGCGAAGCAGUGCAACCAACACAUUCACGGUUAAACUUGAGUUGAGAAAUCAGUCGGUCUCUUGUUCAUGCAACAACUUCAUCCGUAUUGGAUAG